AUGUGGGCUUUAAUCACAUGUAUUUUUUUAUUUUUCUGCUUCAUUAAACAUACAUUUCAAAGACCUCCGGCAUAUCCUCCAGGUCCUCCAAUACUACCCCUACUAGGAAAUAUUAUUUCUGUUUGGUUUAACGUCAAAAAAUUAAAAUAUCGUCAUAAAUUGUGGCAAAUAUGGUCUCGAAAAUAUGGCAACUUAUUAGGUUUGAAACUUGGUUCAAUAAAUGUUGUCAUAGUGUCGGGGAAAGAGUACAUAAAAGAAGUGUCUUCUAGAGAAGUGUUUGAAGGGCGUCCGGACGGUUUUUUCUAUUUAAUAAGGUCGUUUGGGAAGAAACUGGGAAUUGUGUUUUCCGAUGGACCAGCUUGGAAUAAAACAAGGCGCACUGUAUUGAGGUACCUGAAAUAUUACGGAUAUAGCUCAAAAGCAAUGGAAGCUAAUAUUAGUGAAGAAUGUCGUGAACUAAUUAAACUCCUCGAGAAAAACGUUGGUAAAACCGUAUGUGUUAACCGAUUAUUUGACGUAUCAAUCGUCAACAUUUUGUGGCGAUUAGUGGCGGGUAAAAGAUACGAUCUCAUGGAUAAACGCUUAAAGUCGUUAUGCGAUUUAAUAACAAGAUCUUUUAAAGUAUCUGACAUGAGCGGUGGAGUCUUGAACUUUUUACCGUUUUUAAGGCAUGUUAUACCUAAUCAAAUUGGGUACACUGAAUUAAAAAACAUUCAUGCAUCUAUAUACGCAUUUCUAAAGGAAACUAUAGAAGAGCAUCGAAUGGCCCUUGAUGUUCACAAUCCAAAAGAUGUCAUCGACGCUCUUCUUAUGGAAAUGAACAAUCAGAAGGAUAAAACCCUAACCGACGAAGAACUGCAAGUGGUAUGCCUCGAUUUGUUAGAAGCAGGCGUUGAGACAGUCAGCAACACUGCUGUCUUUUUAUUACUGCAUGUGGUGAGAGAGCAAGAAGUACAAACUCGUGUGCAGUUGGAAAUUGAUAGAGAGAUCGGUCAUUCACGACCUCCGAAGCUUAGCGAUAGAACAAGAUUGAUCUAUACUGAAGCAGUAUUAUUAGAAGCUCUACGUAUUUCGAGCGUCGCCACAAUGGGAAUACCACACAUGGCACUAGAUAAUGCAAAACUUGGCAAAUAUGUGAUACCUAAGGGUACAUUUUUACUGCUUGCUCUUUACGAUCUGCAUAAUGGCGUACAUUGGAAAGAUCCAACAAUAUUUAAACCCGAACGUUUUUUGACUAAGGAGGGAAAUUUAAUUCAAACUGAAUGGUUUAUGCCUUUUGGUACAGGAAGAAGACGAUGUAUUGGAGAAGGGCUGGCGCGAUCAGAGCUAUUUUUAUUUUUGACUCACAUUCUGCAGAAGUUUCAUCUGAAGUUACCGGAUGGCGCCCCUUUACCUUCUACCGAGCCUGUCGACGGUAUCACACUUUCUGCAAAAGAGUUUAAUAUUAUUUUUGAACGAAGGUUUUAA